AGAAAAGAAUUAUGGAGUUAAGUAUUGAUUUACCUUCUUCUAAAAAAGAACUAGAAGAAUUAAUAGAGAAAGCAAAGGAUUGGGCACUCAUGCAUGGAAUGUGUAUGAGAUCAAAACAAAACUUUAAUAAAAAUAUUUUACAAUUUGCACCAUUCAUUUUGGUGCCAUCUCCAUUUCCUAGAAAAGAAUUUGAAAAUGCCUGUAAGAUGCAAACCAUGUUAAACAUACUUAUACAUCGAGUUGCUCAGGACUACAACUUCCUAAGAGAAACAUUAGAAGAAACAAUAAAGGUUGAUAGUUUUACUAAAGAAUUAUUUGAAAUUUGCCGAACUAUUCACGAUGAAGGAGGAUCAGCACAAAAAAUAUCUUUUGGUAUACUACGCUCAGACUUAAUGUUGGACACAAGUUGUGCAAAAGAGAACAUGAGUGAGAAAUAUAUUCCAUACUGCUGUUGGAAACAAGUUGAAAUAAAUACAAUUGCAUCUGGAUUUGGCUGGUUAGGUCCUGCGUCAACAAAAUUACACAAAUUUGUGCUAGAAGAACUUGGUUAUUAUGACAAAUUAAAAGAUCUUCCUGAGAAUAAUGCAUUACAAAUUAUAUGUUCAAGUAUGGUUGAAGCAUGGAAGAUGUAUGGAAAUAAACAAGCAGUAAUUUUAUUUGUUAUUGAAGAUGUCACAUAUAAUAUAUGCGAUCAACGUUUUCACGAAUUUGAAAUUAGAAAACAAAAUCCGAAUGUUAGAGUUAUUAGGAGAAAUUUAACAGAAUUAGCAGCAUCUGCUAAAUUGGGUCCUGAAAAGGAAUUAAUAGUAGAGAAUUAUGUUGUGUCAGUAGUAUAUUAUAGAUGUGGUUAUGAACCUGGACAAUAUCCAACACAAAAAGAAUGGAGUGUAAGAUUACUAAUAGAGAGAUCUUUAGCAAUUAAAUGUCCCACCAUUCAAUAUCAUUUGGCUGGAACCAAGAAGGUUCAACAGGCUCUUGCGAAACCAGGUGUUAUUAGCAAGUUUCUAAAGAAUGAAAAGAUAUGUGCUGAAAUUAAAGAAAUAUUCACUGAGCUUUAUGCAUUAGACUUUAAUGAACAUGGAGAUGCUGCUAUAGAAUUGGCAAUUGCAAACCCAGACCACUAUGUACUAAAACCUCAGAGGGAAGGAGGUUGCAAUAACAAGUAUGGAUUAGAUAUAAAGCAUUUCUUAGAGUCUGUGAAAGAUAAACAAGAGAGAGUAGCUUGGAUUCUUAUGAAUAAAAUUCAUCCUCCGAUUCAUAAAAGCUACAUGAUAAGACCAGAAAUCGAUAUGAGUACGGAAUUACAAGAAUUAGUUUCAGAGUUAGGGAUAUUUGGAGUUAUUAUUGCUGAUGAAAACAAUGUGUACAUGAAUAAACAAAGUGGUCACAUGUUAAGAACAAAGGUAGCUACUGCUAACGAGGGUGGUGUAGCAACAGGAUUAGGUGCAUGUGACAGUCUACUUUUAAUUGAUUAAAAGAUACAUUGAAAUGGUAUUUUAUACUGAAUGAAAUUCUAUUAGAAGUUAAAUUUUACAUUAGUUUAUAAUAAAUAAAUUCUAUUAUAAACUAAGUGUACAGUCAGUUCUAGCUUAUUAAACUUGUACUUCUUUUGGGAUGUGGUUUUAAUUUUAUAUUGUUAAGUCUUACAUACAGUAAAUACAUUGAGUUAUAGCAGAAGAAGAAAACAUCUAAGAGGAAAUAUGUGCAUAGUAUAUAGGCGGUAAUAGGAUAGAUAAAAUUAAGAUACUUAUUAAUUAUGAAAUGCCAAAUGUAAUUGAAUAUAAAUUACAACCAAUAUUAUGUAUGGAAAUGUUUUUAAAAGCUUUUUUAUUUCCAGUUUAUCAGUAUCAUAAGUAUUGUGAUUUUUAUAAAACUUGUUUAAAUGCAUUU